AACGAGUAAGCCAGACGGGACUGCUGCUUCCUCAUCACGCUUUGCGGCACAAUUCAAAAUCAAAAGUAAUAUAUUUAGACGUAUAUUUGUUAAAUUGCAGAUAUGGCUGGAAUACCGCCGGAUUCAUGGCAACCUCCUACUGUUUCGCUGGACACAACGAUGGGAACUAUUGUGCUUGAGCUGUACUGGAAUCAUGCGCCAAAAACAUGCAAGAAUUUCGCAGAGCUGGGCAGAAGAGGAUAUUACAACAGCACAAAGUUUCAUCGAAUUAUUAAAGACUUCAUGGUUCAAGGAGGCGAUCCAACAGGCACAGGUCGUGGUGGUGCAUCAAUAUAUGGCAAGCAGUUUGAGGAUGAAUUUCAUCCAGAGUUGAAAUUUACAGGUGCUGGAAUUCUGGCUAUGGCCAAUGCAGGGCCGGAUACAAACGGAAGCCAGUUCUUUCUCUCGUUGGCUCCCACACAAUGGCUGGAUGGGAAACACACUAUAUUUGGACGGGUCUGCCAGGGCAUUGGUGUUCUUAAUCGAAUCGGCAUGGUGGAAACCAACAGUCAGGACCGCCCUGUGGAUGACAUUAAAAUCCUCAGAGUGAAUCUGCCCAGCUAAGACGUUUGUGCUUGCACAAUGUUUUACGCUUUAUUUUUGUACAGCCAUUUUAUUACAUUAAACGUUCGGAAUUCUCAGAAAAA